UUUGUGAAUGAAAUCAGUUUGAAAGGAACAUCUCAACUUUCUCAAUCAAGUUUAAACAGUGAACUAACAAUUAUAGAAAAUGAAGUAUUAUUCUGUGCUUAUUUUCUUAAUGUGUGCUGUGGCUGCCUUUGGUCAAACCUACAUUGGGAUUGGCAGAAUAGUUCCGGGUCAAAAUGUUCUAGGUUUUGCGGAUAAUUCAACAGUUGUAACGUCAACACCACAGAGUCAUUCCGUUCGACUUCACUUCCACGGUACCCCAGGGAAUAAUAUUACAUUCGUUCACGUUAAUGUUUUUCCGGGAUGGUCUUCAUUUUCAUACCCAACUCUUGGACAAUUUGAUGACUUUUGGAUUGAUGUCGCACUGUCCAGCACUACACAACUUGGUGCUAAUAUCAUUGUUUACGGAUUUAAUGCAACAUCAUCCACUAGAACAGUCUUUAAGGAACCAAUCGAAAACCCAAAAAUGGUUACAAUUAUGAAUGUUGAAAACUCAGAUUAAAGUACCUUGUUCCAAAAGUGCUUUUCAUAGUAACAUAGACUGAUUGAAUUUGUGCAGUCAAUAUUAUUAUAAAUCAUUAUUAACAACGAUAUCUCAUUAUUUUAUUUUAAAAAACAUGAUUUUUUUUAUAAAACCUCAAUUGUGUCUUUAUUUAUUAAACUGGGACUAAAAAAAUUAAAAA